GAUGUCAGCAGAGUUUCUCUAUCUGUCACUCAGCUUAGGUGGAGUACUGUCUGAUGAAGGAAGGAAAAGGCGGACCCAGCAAACAUGACUUUCUGACAAGUCUUGCGAACCGACUUCCAAUUGAGUACUUCACCCGCUGGCGAAUUGUUUUCACCUUUAGACCGUGUUUACGUGUUAGCUUUCUCUUGUGGUUAUUUGACAACUGUGGAAACAACCAGGCGACCGAGUGUCAGAAGUUACCAUGCUAACCACCGCUAGCCUGAGGUAGCUAUGCUGUCCCGUUAGACUGGAAACUACCUGCGAGAAGAGCCGGACAUUUGAUUUCAGCUGCUACUUUAUCAGCUACAAAGUAAAGCAGCGUUUUUUGUUUCUCAGUUUAAAAAAAAAACAAAACGAAGCCAUCAAUCUGUCACAGAGAUGGGACUACACCCGCUGGAGUUCAGUGAAUGCUAUCUAGACAGCCCCAGCUUCAGGGAGAAGAUUAAAGCACACGAAGCAGAGCUCGACAAGACCAACAGAUUUAUUAAAGAACUGUACAAAGAUGGGAAGAACCUCAUCAAUGCAACAAAGCAGCUCGGCAUGGCACAGCGGAAGUUUGCCCAGUGCCUGGGAGAGUUUCAGUUUGAGUACAUCGGAGACGCAAAGACAGACGAUGAGAGAUGUAUUGAUGAGUCUUUGCAAGAGUUCUCCUCAUUCCUCAAGAACCUAGAAGACCAACGAGAGCUCAUGAUGAGAAACAUAACAGAAACGUUAAUGAAACCCCUGGAGAAGUUCAGGAAAGACCAUCUUGGUACAGCAAGGGCGGAAAGAAAGAAGUAUGAGAAAGAAACGGAGAAGUACUACAGCUCUCUGGAAAAGCUUCUGAAUAUGUCAGCGAAGAAGAAGACACAGCUACAAGAGGCAGACUUCCAGGUGGAAUCCAUGAGGCAGCACUUUCAGGAGGAGUCACUGGACUAUGUGUGCAAACUGCAGGAGAUCCAAGAGAGGAAGAAGUUUGAGUGUGUGGAGCCGAUGCUGGCCUUCUUUCAGACGGUCUUCACCUUUUAUCAUCAAGGUUUCGAGCUUGCCAAGGACUUCGACCAUUAUAAAAGAGCACUGCAGAUAAAUAUACAAAAUACAAGAGGUCGAUUCGAAGGCACACGGUCAGAGGUGUAUGAGCUGAUGAAGAGGAUCAGGGAGGCGCCUCAAGAAUACAGACAGACCAGUGCCAUCAGCUGUGAAGGCUACCUCUAUGUACAGGAAAAACGGCCCCCUCCCUUUGGUUCAAGUUGGGUCAAACGCUACAGCACAUUUGUCAAAGAGCAGAAGAUCCUGCACAUGGUGACCUUUGACCACAGAUCGGGUGGAAAGAUUGGGGAGAAGGAGUCAGUCACGCUCAAAUCUUGUGUCCGCAAAACGACAGACAUGCUGGACAGGAGGUUCUGCUUAGAGCUCGACAUUACAGAUCGGCCUGGGACGGUGCUUACAGUACAGGCUCUGUCAGAGGAUGACCACAAGUUCUGGAUCCAAGCCAUGGGUGGGAAGGAACCUAUUGGACACUAUCUUGGGAGGACUUACUCUAAAGAAAGAGGAAUUGAUGCACAGCUGGAUGAAGUGGGUUUGAGUUUUGUAAAGAACUCCAUCAGUGCCAUAGAAACCAGAGGUAUUAAUGACCAGGGCCUGUACAGAGUUGUUGGUGUAAGCUCCAAGGUACAGAAGCUGCUUUCAAUGAUGAUAGAUGAGAAGACGGUCGAAGUGGAUCUGACUACCAGUGAGGACUGGGACGUAAAGACGAUAACGAGUACACUGAAGCUUUAUCUGAGGAGCCUACCUGAGCCAUUGAUGACCUAUGGACUUUACCAAGAGUUUAUUAGUCCUGCAAAGGGCGGUAGUCCAGAGUCUCGUAUCCAAGCCGUCCACUGCCUGGUCCACAAACUACCGGAGAGGAAUCGACAAGUCCUCGGGCUGCUUAUGAAGCAUCUGGCCAAGGUGGCCGCUCACAGUAAACAGAAUCUGAUGACUGUGGCCAACCUGGGCGUGGUGUUUGGUCCGACAUUAAUGAGGCCACAGGAGGAGACCGUCGCUGCCAUCAUGGACCUCAAGUUCCAGAACAUCGUGGUAGAGAUCCUCAUCGAACACAAUGAAAAGAUCUUUGCAGAUGCUCCAGAGUCAUGCCCUCUUUCACCUGCUGCCCCAAUGUUCACCGCCCCCACAAGGCAGUCCAAGAAGCUGAGUCGACAAAAUCGGCCCCUGGCUGUCUACAAUCCACAAGCCCUUGACAUGCAGAAUGUGUCAGCAGUUUCAGACGGUCCCAGCUUAGCCACAGACGAGACUUCAAUGGGCAGCAAUGAGUCCGUAUCAUCCCAGUCAUCAUCCGCCUCGGCCUCAGAGACAUCCACAGAAAGGAGUGACCAUGCACCCGUUAAAUCCGGCCUCAGCUCGGGCAGCAACUCCAGGUCACCUGCAGCAGAAGCCUCCUUGUCCUCUGCUGGAGCUCUGGGAGAAAGUCAACCUGCUGCCACCACAGCUGCGUGUGACAAAGAAAAGCUGGAGGAGAGUGUCACCAGCAGGAAAGCCAAGGCAGUGUACCCAUGUGAGGCUGAGCACGACUCUGAGCUCUCCUUCCAGGUCGGUGCAAUAUUCAACGCCGUGACCCCGUCCAGAGAGCCCGGCUGGCUUGAGGGCGAGCUGGAGGGAAAGAGGGGCCUCAUCCCUGAAAACUACGUAGAGAUGCUGUAGCUCCGAAAAACAGAAAUAUUUAUGGACAAGUUAUCAACUCUACCAGCAGCGAAGACAAUCACAGUCAAGCCUUGUUUCUCAAAUCCAUGUAUUCUCUCAAGCAAGUGACAAAAUGUUAUCAUCCAUGGAUUCUUGAUGCUCACGUUUAUGCAGUUUUUUGGUUGUCAAGUAGAUUAUUUGACGCUUGUUUUAGUUUGGUCAGGAAUCCACGUGACAAUCGGCAUUGUAAUGAAAAAAAUGGUUUUGCACUUACAAUAUUCUGCUGUAUACAAAGACGCUGGAGCCUCUAAACAUCCAUUUAAACAGCUCCAGAGGUUGAGCGUCCCCUCUGUCUAACUCUCUUCCCCCAGUUAUACAUGGUAUCCAUGAGCUCCCAAGUCAAAGAAGAUCCUCAGAGAGUGUAAGGAUCAAGGGAUGUCAGAACUCAAGCUUUGGUUAAAGAUGUUUAACGACAAAUCCAGCAGCUUUACGCCUUCUUUGACAAUGAUGCACAGUUGGUUUCAGCUUUAGAGAGAUUAGAGAUUCUGUACCUACCGUGCCUUAAACCAACAGCAAGUGCCAAUGUAUGUAUGGGUAUGUAGGGAAGUGGAGUGUUACUGCUUUAGCUUUUAAAAUGUUGCAUUUGUUUCUGUUUUUAUUUUAAGAAUAUUUGAUUAUUCAAAAUGAGGCACAUGCUAUUGUAAUUAUAUUUUAUUUAAUUGGCACAUUGAUUGCAUGACUUUUAUUCAUUUUCAAUAUACUGUUUUUCUUCUUGCUGCACUCCCCUCCUGAAACACAGGAAACGCCUCUUUGAUGUAUAAUGAUCUCGUGUUCAACACUAGCGUCAGACAGAGACGGCAGAGGUAGAUUCAGAUGUUAUUAAUAAUCCAAACAAGUGUUUAUGUUCCGUUGGAUGAUCCGUUUUUUUUGUUAAAGUUGCUCAAUUUGUUCUGAGCAGGGUAAUGAAUAACUCCCACAAAGCUGAAAUUUGAGUUUCAUUUCAAUGGUUUUUUUUUUAUAAUAAUUGAUUCAGAACCAAAGCUGUAUAAUCAAAGAGACCAUGAAUGCAGUAUUUUAAAGUCUUUCACUUUGACAUUGGUUCAGUGUAUAUAGACCUGUUCUCCAAAGAGUGAUGAGUACCAAGUAUGUUCUUACAAGUUUCAUGUUAAGUGGCUGACAGAUUUUAAGUUUUCAUUUGAAAUUGUUUUAGUUUGUACACAUGUCCUUUUACAGUUCAUCACUCAGCUGUUCAAUAGUUCACGUCGACCUGAGCUUUGAUUCAGCAGUCCAUGUUUUCAUGAUGUUUGUAAAGGCCCUUGACUAUUUUAAUUUGUAUACCUUUGGGUAUCCGCGUUAUCAAUGUCAUUUUAAAAAAAAAGAUGUGUUUUUGUUCUUCACUUCAAGUUUCUUGCCUUUAAAUAAACGUGAUAAAAGAACAUUUCAAUUCAA